GCUGCCUGAUGGCAGUAGUGGAGUUCAGAGGUAGCGGCAGACAGGAGCGGUGAGAGGAGCCGGCGGCAGCAAGCGUGAGGGCCGAGUCCGGAGCGGGAGUUUUGUGUCUUAACAGCAAAACUACAUGCUUCAGACAUGGAGAAGAUUUACAUAGACCCUAACAUGGAAAAUGAUAACACAGAGCACAUCAGAAGGAAGCGACUAUCCUCUAUUUUAAAGGCUCCACGAAAUCCUCUUGAUGACCUGGGAAAUGGGAACGAAUUGACAGAGGGUAUCACUGUAGAAAAACGUAGGAGAAACCUGCGCCGCGUUAGCUUCGCUGACACCAUCAACUGCAGAGUCUUUGAGCGAGAUCUUAAGAAUAACACAGAAGGUGGCACAGAGCAUGCAGCAGAUGCAGAGAACAAUGUCCUGCCUCAUCAAAAUGAAGAACCUGGAGCUGUUUCCUGUGAGAUCACUGGGAUGAACACUUUGCUUCAUGCCCCAAUCCAAGCAGUGGUGCAGGAGACUGAGGCACAGGAUGAGGACAACACCAUUUACAGAGCAAACAGGCAGGACACCACCCUCCUCUUUGCAGAGGAUAACAAGAUGGACAUGACAGUGUGUCACACAGCAGUGAUUGCCCAGGAGCUGAGAAGCAACCAGACUGAGCAGCCUGGGAAGAUCGACUUCACCUCAUUCCUGGCUGGGUGUAACCAAAACAAGGGAAAGGCAGAUCCCAGCACACAAUUCCGCUUCUUCCCUGAUCUUCCCAAGCUUUCGUGGCCAGUUGAUGGCCAGCAGGAGGAUACUACUACUGUAAAAAAAAUCAGUUUCUCUGAAUUUUUCAUGAGCUUUAAGUCAAACAAGACACUCACUUCUGCUGAGGGCCCUCAGUACACCUUUCUUUCCCCUCUUCGAGCUUCAGGAAACAUGGCACAAUCCUCAGUGCAAUUCGUGUGUUCCCGUGAGCAGCUUCACACCUGUGAUGUGACUAGAGUCUUUAAAGGGCAAGAUGAUGGGAUGGAGAUGACAACAUGCCAGGCCUCUGCUGUUAGAGCCACAUUCCCUGCUCUCUGUGACGCUCCACCACAGCAGCUCCCCUGUGCAGAUGUCACCAAGGUGUUAGCAGAUGACGGGAUGGACUUGACAAGCAGCCACACUGCCAUAGUGUCCUUUCCCUUCUCUACUGUUGGGAAUAAAAAUCUGAACUUCCCAAAGGAUUCGUUGCCCCUAGUGACAGGUAAUUCUGUGUUUGAGAGAGCAUCUAAUCAGCACUUAACUGUUCAGCAUGAGCAGCCCUGUACAGACCAAAAACCAGCAAACACAGAAGACAGACAAGAUCCUGCAGCACUGCAAGCUGUUAUCCAAGAGGCCAGAGGGAUGUCUGCCAUCCCAGGAUCUGUUUCUUCCGAGACUGUCUUUCGAGAUGAUAAAACUGGACUUUCUUCUAGGUGUGAAGACAUGGAGAUUACUGGGGAUUACACAGAUGUGAUCUCUAAUGACAUGAAAAGCUCAUGUCCCCAAACCUCUGAAAAGCCAGUGAACACAAACUCCUGGCUGGCAGAGAACAGAAGCCUGACACCUGGUGACAGGGAUGUCACAAGAAGUCUAACAGCUUCAGCCAACCCAGCUCCUGGAUCCUAUAAAUCACUUGAGCUGUCUUCAAGCUCAGAUGGACCACCCGAGAUGGUGACCCAAGAUCACAGCACUGCUCCAGUGAAUGUUUGGCUUGACUCCUGUAGAAGUUCAGUGUCUGCUGGUGUUUCUCGGAGCAGGCUGCAACCCAGACUGAGCUCUCACCUUGUCUCUCUGCCCACUGAGAAGACAGCGAUACUCUCUGAAGAUAUGGACUUAACUAAAAUCUCGGUUGUCAGGGAUGAUGGAAAGGAUGCUGAAGUUGAACGUCCUGCUGGAGUGUUCACCUCUGUCACCUGCAAACCUCAGUUCAUUGUUGACAGAGCUACAUCGCACAGUUUAAGUGAGCAGGAAGAAAUGGAAAUGACUAAAUGCCAUAUUGUUGUCAUUGAUGAUCAAUGUAACAGGGUAGCUACAGGAGAAAAACAAAUGCAUUGUGAAGUAAUUCCAAGAAAGAACCAGAACAGCACUGUCAGUGAAGUUGUAAAUCCUUUAGAUAUGGACAAGGAGAACGUUGGGGUGAUCAGUGAUAGGAAUGUCAGAAGAAGCCAGGCUAUAAAAAUUAAUACUAAAGGUCUUGGGGUGAUAAGGGCUGAUAAGCUUGGCAGAACAAAUUUCCAGACAAGUGAUCCAAGUUCCUCUGCAAAGAGUGUGUGUUUGUUGCAAGAGCAAAAGAGAGAAGUCCCUGAGAAUACUGUCACCAGCACCUCUGGGUUUGUGUCCUUGCAAAGUCAAGAAGUUGCAUCACAACCUUUGGGAAAAAACCUUCCAAAGGCUUCAGUUUCUAAAGGCACCAUGAGUGGUUUCAAACCUCUGUCCUGUGCAGAUGAGAAAACCACCAUCUUUUCAGCAGAUGCUGACAGGGACAUCACCAAAAGCCAUACAGUUUCAGCAGACCACAGGAUCAUUUUGCAACGUAGAAGUGCAGACAAUGACAUGCCCUUACCUUCUGGAGAUCAAACUUGUAUAUUUACCUACAGUGAUGACAUGGAAAUGACUAAACUCAAUAGUGUUGAGGUUGAUAAGCCUCAGGGGAUGUUUAACCUGGCUAAAAGGACAAGGAGGAAAAGCUUGAAGGGACCAGAAGGAGAGGAAACAUGUUGUUUUUCACUGGAUGAUGAGAACAAUGACAUGGACAUCACCCAGAGCCAUACUGCUGCAAUAGGCCAUAAGAUUCUCUCCCAAAACAAGGGAGGGCUUUGCUCUGUCUCUUCAGCUCAUGCUGUUGACACCAUCCUGUUCCCAGGCAGCCAGGCUGACAUGGACACUACCAAGCCUUGCUCUGAUGAUCAAACCACCAGCAGUGUUGUCUGUGAUGACAAACCAAACCCAGCUCAGGAGGCUAGCCAGCAAGCACGUUCCAAUGGUGAAGCCACUGUAUUAGCUGUGAAUGACAUGGAAAUCACCAAAACCCAUGACCUAUCUGUGAAAGAAAAUGCCCUGCCAGGUGGACAACCUUUGACUUCCACCACUAUGUUUCAGAGUUUCCAGGCUGACAUGGAGAUGACUCAGGCUCACUCUGUUGGGAUAAGUAUCAGAAGAGCCUUUCAUGAGGAGAGAUCACAGCUGGCCCAGCAGGAGACUGUUUCAGGUAGCAAGACCAACAUUUCUGAUUCUUCUGAGGACAUGGAGCUCACUAGAACUCAUACAUCACUGCCAAGGGGUAGUGUUGGUGUCCAGAUCAGAGAAUCCAUUCCAGCCAUUUCUGCAGUUCCUGCUGAUAAAACCCUUGUGUUUGCCCACAACCAGGAUGACAUGGAAAUAACCAAGUCCCACACUACUACUGUUAAUAACAACAUUCAUGUGGCUGAGAACCAACAAGUGUCACAUCGAAGCAUACAGCAGCCAGAAUUGAACCUGGAGAUAUUGCCUUGCAGAGAUAAAAGAGAUUUCUCACAUAAAGACCCAGAUAGUGAAUAUCACCCAAACUCCAAGGAUAAGCCAAACAUUCCUCCUUCUGCUUCAUCAGCCUCAGCAUUUCCUGAUGAGAAAGGAGCUAUCCAAGUCCCCAGUGGCACAACACCAGAUUCUGUUUGCUCUGCCUCACUUCCAGAAGAGACUGUGGCUGUGCAGACACCCCAGGAUCCUCAACCUCCCAGGGAUAAUCCUGCCCCUGAAAGCUCACAGCAGGAUCUCCUACCCCUAGAAAACCUGAAAUCAAAGGGAUUGUCUUUCAGCCUUCCAGAUAAUAAGCCUGUGGAUCAUAGUGAAGAAAGUGGUGGUUUGAUAUCUGACAUUGCACCUCCCACUCAACAACCAGAGUCUCUACUGGCUUCUCCAGAUGCAUGUAACACUUAUAGAGACCAAGCGCUGAAAAGUGAUUCAUCUGAACAUGAGGAUUUAGCUACAGAUUUAGGCUUGGCUGCAGUUCCAGCUUCUAACAAGGAAUCACAGGAGAAUGAGGAGUUGUCAACUGAAGGAGAGGCAUCUCCAAAAGAUGUUUACAUCAACUCAGAACAAACUAAACAACUUCCAGUCAGUGACAGCUCCAGAGAUGCAGUAGAUCCUAUCCUUGCACCUAAAUUAUCAGGCAUCUUAAAUGUUUGUUCAAAACUGAAAAAUAUUAGAAGGAAAUCUACAGUUCUCUCCAUUUCUGAAACUGCUUUUUCUGACCAGCUGCCCAAACCAUCAGUUGAGCCAGAGGAUACCUCGAGCUUAGAAAAAGAUGUGGUAAAGCAACCAGAUAAUUCUUUCUGCACCAAAGAGCAGGAGAACACAUAUCGUGAAUCUGGAGCUGCUCCCACAGAUGCAAAUAUUGACAUGGCACUUAAGGAUCAAUAUCAGGGAGUAAAGGUCUCUCUGGGUAUCUUCCAGCCCAAAUUACCCAACAGAAGAAUUUCUGUCUCUAGUAUGCAGGAUAUAAAUGCCAAGUCUUCUGCAGACAAAAGAGAAGCACCACCUUCAGGCAUAUGUGCGAGCAGUGGUGAAACCCCAGGUCCCAGCAAGUCUGUUAGGCAGAAUUUCAUCCCUUCCCAGUUUAUAGCAGAAGAAUUUCUUCCUGUCUACCUGGAAGAGAUGGAUCCAAAUGAAUCUGUAAGCUCUGAACUCAUGGAAAGUGCUACUAGUGAGAGAAGCAAAAAACAAAUCCCCUGCAGUGAAAAUCCAUUUGAAAGGACAGAAAUUUGCAGUAAAACAAAAAGACCUUUGGAAGAUGAUGAGCAGCAUCUUCAAAGCCCAAAGAAGGUCAAGAGUGAUGAAAACUUGCAUGAUGAGGCCUCCCAAGACUUGCAGGUUACGUUUGGUGCUGUGUCUCAAAGCCAAGCAGAAGUUCAUGAAGGUGAAGAUCCUCCAAACCUAUCAGUUAAAAGCCUUGACUACACUCAUGCCAACACCAGCAGCUCCCUGGAUUCUGUUAAGGCUGACACAGAAUUAACAAUUCAGCGAAGCAGCCAGAUGGAGUCUCAGCUUCUCAUCUGUGAAGACAACUUGAGGGAGAAAUUCCAGAGUGGCCUUAUCACAGUUAGGGAGUUUCUGACGCUUCUUCAAGUCCAUAUUCCAAUCCAGAAGCCACGGCAUAGCCAUGUUCCAUCCAGUUGUGCAGUCAGUGCACCACCCACACCAGAAGACCUCCUUUACAGCCAGUAUAUUCACCGCCCCAGGCUGCAAGUUUAUGAGGAGGAUUGCCAAGCCCUUGCUCAGAAGACAGAGGAGUUAAAACUCUAUGUAGAUGUCCAGGAUCAGCUCCUGGUGAACUUCAGCAGGAGUCUGUGGGAAGUCAUGAGAACCUGCUCUGACGAAGAGCUGAAGAAAUUUGGUGCAGAACUGAACCAAAUGAAGUCCUAUUUCACCAGGGAGAGUAAAAUCCUAGCUCAUAAUGAGAAAACAGCACUGUACAGCAAGCUGCUGCAGAGUGUGCAGGAACAACAGGGAAAGCUACAGUCAAGAGCAGAGAAGCUGGAUGAAUUGCUCAAGGAGGCAACAAAAUGUCUGGCUGGUCUGGGAGCUGAUGCCGACUGGGAAGAAUGGGAAGAAGAGUGCAGUGAUGAAAUGGCUGGAGUGAAGCGCCUGGAGAGAGAACUGGAAAGUAUUGAAGCCCAAGAGAAGGAACUUCAAAGAGAGCUCACAGAUCUGGAGGCUGAGAACGAGCGAAUGCUUGUUAGGAUGAGCCAGCUGAAGGAGGAAAAAAAGUACUACUGGGAGCUCCUGGAGAAAUCUGAAUCCACUGAAUGGGAGCUGACUGAAUGGAAUGAGCAACGAGGAGUCUUCAGUUUUCUUUAUGAUUCUGUUGAACUCACAGUUGUGUUUGAACCCCCAAAAGAUGGGCAUUCAUUUGAAGAUCCUUCACGGAAGAUCAUUAGCCUGGACUUUGAAUCUCUUUUGAAUGAAGAAGCAGCUCCCCCCUCCUCAUGUUUAGUCCAUAGGCUCAUCUUCCAGUUUAUUGCAAGUCAGGGAUGUUGGCAGGAAAAGUGUCCCACGCUGUGCCACCUGCCCCAGGUUCUUCGUGAUAUCUCCUCGGUCGUGAGCAACUGCAGGCUCUUGGGAGAUGAGAUUGAGUUUCUGGAGAGAUGGGGUGGAAAAUUUAAGCUUCUGAAGACAGAUAUCAGUGACACAAAAGUGCUGCUGAUGUUCUGCUCGUCGGCAGCUUUUGCCAGGUUUGAGCUGACCCUGUCUCUAUCCACCAACUACCCAAAUGCUCCUCUGCCUUUUACAGUCCGAAAAGUCAUUGGCAAUAUUGGGGAGGAGGAAGUUUCUGCUGUCCUCUCCAAGGUACCAGUUGGUGUCAACUACCUGCGGAGAAUAGUCAGCUCAGUUCAUCAGGACUUGCUGUGGCACCCCAGAUGAUUCAGCAGGCCCACCUGCAGGGCUGCUGAACUUCAGCCACAUCUGCAGUGUCCUGGUGUGGUCUGGGAUGGGGCUUUUGUAUGUGUAUUUUGUGUAUUAUGUAUGUAUAUGUGAAAGUUCAAUAAAAGUCAGGAUCAUUGCUCUUCUCUUCA